GCUCGCCGUCCGAGGACCAGGGAAGGGAAGGAGCCAUCUCCACACAUCCACACAUCCACACACGGAAGCAACAUGGACCUCAGAGCCUCCAUAUCCCCUCUACUUCUACUGCUGCUGCUACUUGGCCGGUCCCAGGCUCUGCCCCUCAUGGAGGAUGAGGAUGAGGAGAAUGAUAUUUUCACGGAUGAGCUUGACGACAUUGACUUAACUACACAGAUUCUGGACACAAACAAUGCUUCCAAUGAACUCCUGAUGGAAGGAGAUCUUGUGGCGCCAAAAAGCAGAAAUGCUCUGGCCUGCUGGAACAACCAAUGUCUGUGGAGGAAGUCUCGCAGUGGGAAGGUGGAAGUGCCGUAUACAAUCAGCUCUUCUUUCUCUCCUAAUGACAAGAGGAAGAUCGACAGGGCGAUGUUGACUUUCAACAGGCAAACCUGCGUCAGGUUUAUUCCUCGCUCAGGAGAGAGCGCUGCCUACAUCAGCAUAGAGAGCAGAGAUGGGUGCUUCUCCAGCCUCGGCAGGACGGGUGGGAGGCAGGUGCUGUCCCUGAGCAGGAGAGGGUGUCUCUAUCAUGGCAUCAUCCAGCACGAGCUCAACCAUGCUCUGGGCUUUUACCACGAGCAGACCAGGAGCGACAGAGACCAGUAUGUGAAGAUCAACUGGCAAUACAUUAACCCCCACAUGGUCAGCAACUUUCAGAAAGCACGCAUCAACCACCUGAACACACCAUACGACUACACCUCAGUGAUGCACUAUGGCAGAUAUGCUUUCACCACCCAGCGUGGCAGAGCAACUAUCACCCCAAUUCCAAACGCAAGUGUGAGAAUCGGUCAGAGAAAGGGAUUGUCCAGAAGUGAUAUCCUCAGGAUCAACAAGCUGUAUGGAUGCUGUAAGUAUGACUGA